CUCCUGCCCUCGAGAGACAAUUGUGCGAGGGCUCGAGAGGCAAUCGAUCGCAUCACUUUCGUUCGAAGCACCAUCGUUUCUCCUUCCACAUUAAGAGGUAUUCGCGACAAUUUUGUUUUUCUGAAAUGACAGAUCAAGUCUUCAAACGACACAGAGCUCCCAUCGCGAAUGUCGAUCUCUGGCCGACAAGCAAUGCUUACAAACACUCCUGCGAGUCCCGCACCACUCGUCACCGUGGAUGACAUCCUCUACUGCAACCAUCGUGCCUUCGGUCGCCAUAGGCCUUGCUGCCAUUGUUGUUGCCAUUAUAUCUUGGAAGCAAUACUGCGUCUCCAACCAAUACGAGAACGAGAUAGGGUCAUCCGCCAGCCUCAUUAUCGCAAUAGCUCAACUAGCCCAAGAAGGACUGUAAACUCGGCCAUGGGAACCGUUUAAGAUCGAGGUUCAACUUCCUCGU